UUCCGGGCCUGCAAAAUGGCGGACGGCGCGGGGCCCGGCGCGGUUCCCAUGGCGACGACGCUGUUCCGCUGCCCGGUGUGCCGAUGCAGCGCCUUCGCCGGCCGCCGCAGCCACCUGCACAGCGCGGGGCACCAGCGCCGGCUCCGGGGCGCGCUGGCCCGCCUGCGGGAGAAGGUGGACGCAGCGCGGAAGACGCUCCGGCGCGCCGAGGUGGUGCCCGUCGCCCCCGCCGAGCACGAGCGGCCCGUCUGGUGCGUUUGCUGCGGGCAGGAGGUGAGGCGGCACCUGAGCCACGGCGGCCUGACGGUGCUCCACGGCGGCCUCUUGCAGCACCUGGCCAGUCCUGAACAUAAAAAAGCCGUCUCUGUGUUCUGGUGGGAGAACAAAGCAGAUCCCAGCCUGAAGUCACACUUCCUGGUUUCCUCUGAAGAUUAUGAGCUGUUCAAAGCCUCACUCUCCAAAGCUCUGGAUGCUUAUGAUGCCAAAGAAGACAAGGUCAUCCAAGAGUUGGCAGCUCACAUCCGAGAGGUGGAGCAGAGCCGGCAAGAAAUGAUGGAGGCCAUCUUAGAGCCACAGACAGAGACGUGUGAUGGAGCUGCUGCUUCUGCUGUUAACGCCUUUACAGGGAGCCUAAGUGACUCUGCUUUUGGCAUGGAAGAACAGGAGCAGCCUGGCUCAAGCAGGAGCAUGACAUUUUUCAGCAAACAGCCUGGACGUGAAUACAGGACUGUGCCUGAUGUGGACUGGCUGGAAGCAGGACAGACCUUAACUUUCAUUGGCCACCAGGAAACGGCAGGGGAGGGCAACAUUCACACAGGGGCCAAGCCUCCUUGGCUGAUGGACGAGGAGGAGGGCGAAAACCAAGGGCAGAUUGGACCAUCAUAUGAAGAAUUCCUCAAGGAAAAAGAGAAACAGAAGCUGAAGAAACUCCCACCCAACCGCGUUGGUGCCAACUUUGAUCACACUUCUCCGACGGGAGAAGGGUGGCUUCCCUCCUUUGGGCGGGUCUGGAACCAGGGUAGGAGGUGGCAGUCCAGACAUCAGUUCAAAGUUGAAACAGGACAUAAGCAGCCCAAUGCUAAAAGGAAGAGGACAGAGACUGACUGAAGUCUGGGGAAAGGCUUCUGCUUGAUUCUUCAGAACUCAUCAUGUGCUUGAUUCAGCUACCGGAGAGGCCGGUCAGUGAGCAACUCAGAGCCCAGCUGCGGAUUCACAAGGAAGCCUUAAGGAUGGCUGAGGCCAGAUUAUGGAACUGUAUAUACUUCCUUAUGAAGUGUUUGCUUUUUCUACAUUAUCUUGGAGCAGCCAGCAUAUACUUCUUCUGUAGGAAGUCUUGUUACAGGUGUAAGAUUUAUAUCUACUCAUCGCCCUUAACUACAUGGACACUAGUAAAUUAAAACUACUAAAGCAAA